CCCGCCCGCCCGCCCGCCAUGCCGACGCCCCGCUCCGGGCCCGGGCAGCCCCCCGGGCCGCCCCCGCCGCCCCUCUGAGCGCCGGCCCGUCCGGCGGCCCCCCACGGCGGCGGCAGGAUGGUGCAGAAGUCGCGCAACGGCGGCGUGUACGCGGGCGGCGCCGGCGAGAAGAAGCUGAAGGUGGGCUUCGUGGGGCUGGACCCCGGCGCGGCCGAGUCCACCCGCGACGGGGCGCUGCUGAUCGCCGGCCCGGAGGGGGGCAGCAAGCGGGGCUCCAUCCUCAGCAAGCCCCGCUCGGCCGCCGCCGGGAGGCCCCCCAAGAGGAACGCCUUCUACCGCAAGCUCCAGAAUUUCCUCUACAACGUGCUCGAGAGGCCCCGAGGCUGGGCGUUCAUCUACCACGCCUACGUUUUUCUACUAGUUUUCUCCUGCCUGGUGCUGUCCGUUUUUUCAACUAUUGCGGAGUAUGAGAAGAGUUCGGAAGGUGCCCUCUACAUUCUGGAAAUAGUCACCAUUGUGGUCUUCGGAGUUGAGUACUUUGUGCGAAUCUGGGCUGCGGGCUGCUGCUGCCGGUAUCGAGGCUGGAGAGGAAGAUUGAAAUUUGCCCGCAAACCAUUUUGUGUUAUCGACAUCAUGGUGUUAAUUGCCUCUAUUGCCGUGCUGGCCGCGGGAUCCCAGGGGAAUGUCUUUGCUACCUCUGCGCUCAGAAGCUUGCGGUUUCUGCAGAUACUGCGUAUGAUACGGAUGGACCGUAGAGGGGGAACCUGGAAACUUCUGGGGUCCGUGGUGUAUGCCCACAGUAAGGAAUUGAUCACUGCCUGGUAUAUCGGCUUCCUGUGCCUCAUUUUAGCCUCCUUUCUUGUGUAUUUGGCUGAGAAGGAAGAAAACGAGGAGUUCGAUACGUACGCAGAUGCACUUUGGUGGGGUUUGAUUACUUUGACCACUAUCGGCUAUGGGGACAAGUACCCGAAGACCUGGAACGGCCGCCUUCUCGCUGCAACGUUCACCCUCAUCGGUGUAUCCUUUUUUGCUCUGCCUGCUGGCAUUCUCGGUUCCGGCUUUGCUCUGAAGGUUCAAGAGCAGCACCGUCAGAAACACUUUGAAAAGCGGAGGAACCCUGCGGCAGGCCUGAUUCAGGCUGCCUGGAGGUUCUACGCCACCAACCUCUCCCGCACCGAUUUACACUCCACCUGGAAUUACUACGAACGAACCGUCACCGUUCCCAUGUACAGUUCGCAAGCUCAAACGUAUGGUCCUUCCAGACUCAUUCCUCCUUUGAACCAGUUGGAGCUCCUGCGGAACCUGAAGAGUAAAUCCGGAUUGACUUUCAGGAAAGAACAGCAACCCGAGCCGUCUCCAAGUCAAAAGGUCAGCUUGAAAGAUCGUGUCUUCUCCAGCCCCCGGGGUGCCACCACGAAAGUUAAAGGUUCCCCUCAGGCUCCUGUUGUCCGAAGGUCCCCCAGUGCCGACCAAAGCAUCGAGGACAGCCCCAGCAAAGUGCCGAAGAGCUGGAGCUUUGGGGACAGGAGUCGAGCCCGGCAGGCUUUCCGCAUCAAGGGAGCUGCAUCGCGUCAGAACUCGGAAGAAGUCAGCCUCCCUGGAGAAGACAUUCCAGAUGACAACAAGAGCUGCAACUGUGAAUUUGUAACAGAGGAUCUGACGCCGGGCCUCAAAGUCAGCAUCAGGGCUGUCUGCAUCAUGAGGUUUCUCGUGUCCAAGCGGAAGUUCAAAGAGAGCUUGCGGCCCUACGAUGUGAUGGACGUCAUUGAACAGUACUCUGCAGGACAUCUGGACAUGCUCUCCCGGAUCAAGAACCUCCAGUCCAGAGUUGACCAGAUUGUUGGGCGAGGGCCAUCAAUCACCGAUAAGGACCGGACCAAAGGCCCAGCAGAAGGGGAGCUUCCCGAGGAUCCAAGUAUGAUGGGCAGACUUGGGAAGGUGGAAAAGCAGGUUCAGUCCAUGGAGAAGAAGUUGGACUUCUUGGUCAACAUCUAUAUGCAACGGAUGGGGAUCCCGCCAACAGAAACAGAAGCCUACUUUGGAUCCAAAGAGCCCGAUCCAGCACCGCCGUACCACAGUCCCGAUGACAGCCGAGAACACAUCGACAAAAACGGGUGCAUCAUCAAGAUCAUUCGCUCCACCAGUUCCAUGGGACAGAAGAACUUCUCUGCACCACCAGCCACAACGGUGCCAAACAAUUCAUGCCCCCCUUCCACUUCGUGGCAGUCGUACCACCGGCAAAGCCACAGCACCUCCCCGGUUGGGGAUCCGGGUUCUUUGGUGAGAAUCCCUCCGCCCCCUUCGCACGAGCGCUCCUUGUCAGCCUACAGCGGUGGGAACCGGCCUAGCACUGAAUACGAUCGAACGGGCGACGUUUCGCGAACACACCGCGCCCUGAGGGACAGUGACACCUCCAUUUCCAUCCCAUCCGUGGAUCACGAAGAACUAGAGCGUUCCUUCAGUGGAUUCAGCAUUUCCCAGUCCAAAGAAAAUCUGGACGUCCUCAACAACGGUUGCUACACAGCCGUGGCCAAAAUCAGACCCUACAUUGCAGAAGGGGAGUCAGAUACAGAUUCUGACCUUUGCACCCCCUGUGGCCCUCCGCCGAGGUCGGCGACGGGCGAGGGACCUUUCAGCGACAUGGGGUGGUCGACUCCGAGACAGUGAAGCAAUUGGGAAACCAUCUGAAUUCAUGUCAAGAGAGUGAGCCAGCUGUGCUGUCCACGUACCGACCACCUUCAAGAGAGCAAGAACUUCGUGUUCUGUGAUGCAGAAGUCGUGGCUGUUUCGUCCCAGCUGACUGGGGGUGGGGGGUGGGGUGGAGAAGCAGAUGCUAUGCCUGUUCUCUGCGACGAGAGGAUGCCGUAGUGAAUAAUUUGAAGCCUUGAAAUCUCUGGAUUUCUUUCGUACUGUGUUUCUAAAAAGCGAGUGGAGGCACUGUUAUCAUACGCCCGGGUGGGUAACCGUGAUGCUUGGUAACUUUUUACCUUAACGAGGCACAGGAAUCACUAAAGGGUGGUUGAGUUAUUGGCGAGUAGCUGUUUUUUUUAAAACUAAAAAUAGGUAGAGGCACUGAGUUAUUGAUCCCAUGCAAAAACCUGCUCCCAUGAUCUCAUGGGGGGAGGGAGAACCUCAAUCUUACAUGCAUGGUGGUUUAAAAAUUACAGAGAAAUUAACAAUGAGAUCUUCCAAGUGCGAAACACAAUCCAGCAAGGGGCGUGGAAAGGGUACGUGAUGUGCAGACAGCGCACGUUUCAAGGAACAGUGGAAGAACGGAGACGGUUUUCUCCGGUUGGGUUGGGGGUAGGGCUUCACCUUUGACCGGAGCACUCAUGCGCAACAGCUAAGAAAUACUCUGGAAUGCAAAGCUGGUUUGACAUAAUUAUGUAUGUGUGUGUGUGUGUGUGUUUCUUAAAGAAGCAUCUGCAGGUUGGCAUCUGACAGUUCUUGA